UCCGCGCAAAUUUGAAGAAAGAACAAAAAGUCUUACAAAACUGCCCCAGAUGUUGUUUCAUAACAGACAAUUGGCAACCAUUCUAAGGCCACAACGAGAGACUUAACUCUCAAUUCCAUCUAGAGUCUUCCUUCCACUCCCGUAGGGGGCGGUGUGACAAGAAUGUGUGUGGCAAGAAGGUGGCAGCGCAAUAAGAAGACGGCAGACGUCAAAUGAGGUCACCGCCAGACGCCAUCCGGAGCCCCAUUGGAAGAGUUUUCCCGAUAGCUGCUUUCUGACGAAAAAGCGGCGCCUGUCAUGAGCCGAUAACGCCGCCGUCUUUGUUCCAUCAAAAUCAGGCGGGCCUCUGCGACAUGCUGAUAAGCGCUCCUGCCCAAAAGGCCCGUUUUUUGUCCAUUGAUAAAAUCGGCGAGCGAGAUGUCCGAGGAGCAGACAGUGUCUUUGGUGGACGUCCUGGAGGAGGACAAAGAGCUGGAAGAAGAAGCUUCGGCCGUGCUGGCCGGAAGCGACGCCGAGCGCUGCUCCUAUCCUCAGGGCUACGUCAAGCGGCAGGCCUUGUACGCCUGCAACACGUGCACCCCCAAAGGAGGCCAGGCGGCCGGCGUGUGUUUGGCCUGUUCCUACAAGUGUCACGAAGGUCACGACCUGUUUGAGCUCUACACCAAGAGGAACUUCCGCUGCGACUGCGGCAACGGCAAGUUCGGGGAUGUGCGAUGUCAACUCUUUGACGACAAAGACGACGUCAACGAGCUGAACAAAUACAGCCACAACUUCUUCGGAGAAUACUGCACUUGCCGUCGGCCGUAUCCUGACCCGGAAGAUCAGGUGGAAGACCAAAUGAUUCAGUGUGUGUUGUGUGAAGACUGGCUGCACGGUCGGCAUCUGGGCGGUGCGGUCCCCGACAGCGUGGAGCUGCAGGAGAUGAUCUGCGAGUCGUGCAUGAACGCAAAUGACUUCUUGUGGAUCUACGCCGCUCACCUGGCAGUGCCCGCGGAGUCCGGGGCCGGCGCCGUUCCGGACGACGACGCGGAGCCCGGCCGCAAACGGAGCCGCACUGAGGACGAGGCGCCGGCUUGCCGCCUGAAGGAGCUCGGCGGCGCGCGGCGGGUCCCGUCCGGGGCCGUCUUCUGGCCUUCGGGGUGGCGCUCCAGGCUGUGCCGUUGCCUCGUGUGUCAGGGUCGACUGUCAGAGGCGGGGCUCUCCUUCCUGCCGGACGAGUCGGACACGGUGCUGGCGUACGAGAAGAAAGGGGAGCGCGAGGAAGAGGACGCGCCCGCGCGCGACCCGCUCAUGUCGGCGUUGAACAACCUGGACCGCGUGCGGCAGCUGGAGAUCAUUCACGGUUACAAUGACAUGAAGAGUGAGCUGAAGGACUUUCUGCAAAGAUUUGCCGCCGAAGGAAAGGUGGUGACCUCGGCCGACAUCCGGGACUUUUUCGAGCGGCAGCAAAGUCGCAAACGGCGGCAAGUGGACGGGCGAGCGGACGGCCGCUUCCACUGCGUCUGACGGUGGACUCGGCUUCCGCUUUGUCUUUUUUACACCUGUUUUAAUUUUUUCAAAAUAAAAGUGGUCAAUGAUAGCCA